AGGAAACUCAGAUCUGUUAUUGGUAAAAUGAAAGUUCCAGAAGCAGAACGAAUGAGUGAUAUUCUGAAGCGGCUGACCGGUGAGUCUGCUCUGCCUCUCUACUGCAGCAUCGAAAAGUUCAGACGAGCCAGAGAUGGAUUCUACUUUGUUGCAGAAGAUUUUAGCCAAACCGUCAAGAAAAGAGAGUUGGUCAACGCGAAGGAGCGACUGAGAAUCAGGAACCUAAAUGCCAUGUUCUCCCGUUUGAAACGAAUGGUUCCACUGAUGCGGCAAGACCGAAAGCCUAGUAAGGUGGACACACUUAAAGCAGCCACCGAAUACAUUCGGCUGCUGCUUGCUGUUUUGCGUGAUACUGAAAGUAAUGAAGACAUUGAAACUGAUUUUCUAAAGAAUGCACUCGCCUAUGGUCAAACUGAAGGCCUAAGCAAUGACUUAUGGAGGAUGGAUGAUCUGCUGAGCAUGGACGAGCACCUGGAAGAUGGAUUCACUGUGCCCUCAGAACAAACACCAGAGGAGGAUGAUAUGCCAAGGCUGGUAUUGCAACACUGUGUGAUGCCUGCGUACCAGUUCAUCAUCCAAGUUGCACCUGAUCAAGCCUCGAUGGAUCUGAAAGCAUUUUUGGAUCUAGUCUAG